AUGAUGGAAUCGAUCCCAUUCACUGUUCAACAACGUAUCGGCACUGAAUUUGAACAUAUCUUAUCCACUUUUAAUGGUUUGACUAUCAAUAUCGGAUUAUUACAACUUUUGAAACUUUUAAAACAUAUAAACUCGCAAACAUUUUCAUGUAAAGGUUUCUUACGGUCAACUUAUCUCGUAAAUUCUUAUUUUAACGAUGGCGGGCCAGUUGAAGAGUUCUUCAUUCCACUAUUACGGACAAUGAAAACAUUAUUACUCAUGUGGAUUGUUUUCAAAGGAACAACGUUUUAUCAUUUAUACUAUCCAAUACUACAAAGAUUGUGUGAAGAAGAUGACGACACAUUAGAACAAUGCCAUGACUGUUUACUAGACAUACCGGAGCAAUACGGAGAUUCUUUACAAGGCGCAUUGGAUAACGAUGAUUCAAGUACUGGUGAAGGAACAUCAGCAAUGGAUGACGACUUUGGCACUACGUGCAUGGAAGAGGAUCCAUUCAUGAUCGCUGCCAUCGAUGAACAACGAUAA